AUGGCAUCCGGAUCUAUCUUCACCUUCGAUACCGACCCCCAACGGGUCUCUUCCCCGUGGUUGGCUCCAGAAGAGCCGGGGAGGAAGCCGAAAUCUCAGCCUACCUCAGAGGAUGGAGAGCCCCAGCCUGGCCAUCUCUCUGACUAUGGAGUCACCAAGCUCGAAGCUGAGCCUCAAGAAGGGCCGACUGAAUACAAGCUUCAUCUGCUCUUGCGGCCACGGAGAACUUAUACGUCCAUGAGCACCAUCGGCAGGCCACCCUCUCAGCAUCCCAAGAUACCCGCCGCCGGAAUUCGCCCUGCCAAGAUUAUUCCUGCGGCACUAUCAGCAUCCAGCCAGAGUCGUCAGGUCCGCCUACAACAACUCACCACACAACUGCUAUGGAGACUACAGCAGUCUUGCGCCUAUCACGCUCUGAACCCAAAAGACCUCAUCGUACCAAAACUUCCGGAUGACACAGCCGACUUGAGCCAGGCCACGACGCCGCAGAAACCGCUUCCAGGCUUGGAGGAGUCGCGCGGCGCGCUGUACGAGAUUGGCGUGGCCGAUGACGGAACCUUGGUUGGACUGACCAAAGACGAGAUGGAUGAGAGUAUCACCACCCUGAGAGUUAUGGCAGCCACGCUGGGUUGCCGAGUGGAGAUACUCCGUCAUGUCAUUGUGGGAGAAUGCGAAUGGCUUGAGACAUCCGAGUUAGUCGACAACGUGGCAACGCAGCCAGCGCAAAUUGGACGGCAAGCAAGACUUUGGGUGGUCGAGGCAUUAGUGACCCCGGACUUCUCAGCAAAGCAUUCCCCAGCAGAAGCUCCUGGAAAUGGACAACGAGAUACGAGACACUCGCCAAGGGCUAAUGAGUCUGUCGUGCUACCCAGCAGGGGCCGCUCUACCACGGAUCAGCUCAGGAUAACGCUCACAGGACCGACCACAUCGGGAAAAUCAACUCUCCUGGGCACGCUAUCCACUGGCACCCUCGACAACGGCCGUGGAAAGAGUCGUAUCAGUCUAUUCAAGCAUCGGCAUGAGGUCGCAUCCGGCCUCACCAGUUCGGUGGCACAGGAACUGAUUGGAUACAAGAACCAUGAUAUUUUCAACUUUUCUCAAGACCACGUUGAAUCGUGGAUAGACAUUCACGAUGGUGCCGAGAAUGGACGGCUGGUCUUUGUCUCCGACUCUGCUGGCCACCCACGGUACCGGCGCACCAUCCUCCGGGGCCUGUUCGGCUGGGCACCACAAUGGACAGUCUUGUGUCUGGCUGCGGAUGACGCCGAAGCCAGCUCGACGAAAGAUGGUGCGAGCUCUACGGCCAAUGAAGUUCUUGGCAUCGCAGGAGCUGGAGUUGACCUCGCCAAGUCUCACUUGGAGCUAUGCCUGAAGCUUAAGAAUCCCUUGGUCAUUUUCAUCACAAAACUUGACCUGGCAACUAAAACGAGCAUACAGCGGACUCUUGGACAACUGUUGACGCAUAUAAAAGCAGCAGGGAGGGUUCCCAAAAUCUUGCAGCCCGUCCCAGGAGGUGCCCAAGAGUGGCCCACUAUCCCCUCCGCAGAUCUGGACAAAGCUCAAGCUCUAACGGCAGAAAUGGAGAAGGGUGGUGAUCUGCUUCGUUUCGUACCGAUCGUCCUCACAAGCGCUGUCAACGGCUCAGGCAUUGGACUGGCGCAUGCUCUGCUAGAGAAUCUGCCCUUGCCACCGGCACCGACAGCGCAUGAUUUUGUAGGGAUGGCUCUGAACCCCGAGCAGCCUUCGUGUCUCUUCCACGUCGACGACACAUUCAGUCUUCCCGCGUCCUACGCUUCGCUAGCUGAGAACCCUAAUCAGAAUGACAUGGGAACUGUGGUGUCUGGCUACCUGAGAUUCGGGCAGCUCUCAGUUGGAGACAGUAUUGUUGUCGGACCGUUUCCGUCUGGAGAUGAUGAUUUCAAGGGCCUGACUCCAGAGGAUCGACCUUCUCCUGGAAACUACGGCUUGUCCAUAUCUCACCCGUCAUCCGCCGAGUUGGCCAAGAUUGCGAUUCGUAAUACGGUUGCGGCAUCUACCAUCAAAGGCGAAUGGCACAAGGCCAAAAUAGUCAGCAUACGCAACUUGAGGCUUCCCGUCAAUACACUGGAAGCUGGACAAGUGGGCACCAUCGGUAUCGUUCUCGAGAUACCCCUUGAGGGUCCAGAUGAUGGAGAUUUUGAGCGACUACCAAAUGCUCCUCGUAUCAGGAAAGGCAUGGUUCUUUCAAUCCCAUCCAAGCACAUGAUAGAUACAGGGAUGUCCCUCCAGGCCGCUAGUGGGCUGACAGCUUUAUUCGAAGACGCGCAUACGGCGUCUCUGACAUAUGGAUCGCUGGUCAACGUGUAUGUUGGAAGCGUCCGGGCUGCAGCUCGAGUGAUGGGGGUUUCGAGGAUACGCCUUGAUGACCCCAGACAUUCGACAGCGGAUGACGACGAAGACAUCUUCAGUAUGAACGAGCAUGACGAGCCAGCGCUUACCUCAGACGCAAUAAUGUCGCGGGGCGUUCAGGUUACGUUAGAGUUGCUCACCAGCCGAGAAUGGGUCGAGAUGGGCUCGCAAAUCCUGCUGUUGGAGGGAGGUCGCAAUGACAAAUCCGGAUUGGAGGGCUUUGUGGGCACUGUCGUGGAAAUCGUGGAUUAG